AUGCCCUUCUAUCAAGUAUAUCACUCCUACCCUCUCAACGAUUUACAUCGACGACUUCUAGCAGCAAGAAUAACCACCCUACAUUGCGAAGCUUUCAAUGCCCCAAGAUUUCUCGUCCAUGUUCGAUUCUUUCCUGAAAAUAGCCCGGAUUAUACCUACUUCGUGGGCGGCGUGUCUCACUCAAGUUCUUCCAAUCGCAUCGUCGGCCUUGUUCGUACAUCGGCGAGCAGAUCCAAGGAAGAAUUUGAUAAGCUUGCCGAGGCGAUUGAAAAGGGCUGGAACGAGAUUCUAGGGGUCGAUGUACCGAAGCAUAACGGUGAUGAAUGGGGUUUUAAGGAGGAAGAGAAGGAGCUUAUGAUGGUCACUUUCACUGGGAUGGUCACGAUUAGAGAAAGAGGCUUGACUAUUCCUGAAGCUGCUCAGAAUGCCGAGUCUGCCGCAGCCCUUAUGGAAGGGCCCAAGAAAGUCUUGAAACGGAAGACUCCCGAUUGCAAGAGUGAUGACGAGCUUUUACAAAAGGCACCGAAAGCUGGACUGUCGACCAAGUCUAAAGUCAAGGCAGCUGCUCAAGGCUCAGAUUCCAAGAGUGCCGCGGUAUUCGAACAGCCUGGACCGUCAUCUCUCCAAAUCAAUCCUUCAAUUGGCCGACUCUCAUGCUUACCGCCAGAAAUCGAUGAUAAGACAUGUCUGAAAAGUCUAUCCAUGACUAGCAAGGCGCUCUAUUCGCUCGCUAUUCCUCGACUGUUCAAAAGCAUCGAGAGAAUCUGCAGUCACCACGUUCACAUUGCAAAGCUUAUCAAGACUACCGAACCAUUUCUCGGCAUUGAACAAAGGAAACAGUUAAAAACAGAAGGUAUUUACAAGGGACAGCAAGAGACCUUCCCCGAUGAUGUGGAUCCUAAAAUGAAGCCUGAAAUCGCAAACUACGUUCGCCGAGCUUUGAUUGAAACUGGUGAUCCAGGGAAGAGGCACCGGUACAUCGUUCAUCGAUACGUCGAAGAGCUAUUGAAGAAUCUCGAUAAUUUGGAGCUUUGGGGUGGUAUGAUGCUUACUGAAUCUAUGGCAAAAUCAUUAUCGACGAAAAAGGACCUCAAAGCGCUUUGGCUCAAUACCAAUGUUCCUAUGAACAGUGAAUUUCAUGAUAUAGAUGCAUUGGGUGCAUUGAAGGAUAUGAAACAUCUGAGCAUCUAUAAAGAUGGUUUCUGGGGGCGACGUGGAUGGAGAAAAAGCAGCCCCGAAAUGCUGAUCUGGAAUUCACGUUCCACCUUACAAAGUCUAGCGCUCAACGAGAGUACAUUUCAUCAUAUGCAUUUUGAAUGGGAAGAGUCAGGUCAGGAACCUCCGAGACAAGGCUACUUGUCAGUCCUCAAGUCAUUCUCUCUCGUCGAGGGAGAAUUUGACGAUGAGCAAACGAACGCGAUUCUCCACGCUAUUGACUUUGUCAAGCUGCAAGAACUCACUUUGGGCCGGAGGAAUACUCGGAUGGGAUUGCUUUACCGGCGCCUUACUGAGAUCUUCUCGACUGCAAGAGGAAAUAUUAAACUCCGAAGCCUUUACAUGGACUUACAGGAAGAUGCCGACGAAGGGAUAGAGUUCCUUUCCACUUUCGACACUUUGACGCGUCUUACCAUCUGCGACAACGGGAUUUAUCCUGGAGAUCCUCGAGAACCCGGUCCAGAAGAGCCUCUUUUCCGGGGUCUUUACAUGCACAAGAAUCUGACCGUUUUGAAACUCACGGAUGAGACAUACACCAUGCGAGACAGAAUGCCAGGCCUAGACGCCCAAACGGCGACGAACUUCAUCCUCAACUUUCCAAACCUGAAGCAUCUCCAUUUCCACAUGCACGUGCCACAACUGGAAGAAAUUGCCGAAGCUCUUUCCCAUGGCAGGAACUUGGAGAAAGUCUGUGCAAAGACGCAUAGAUGGGGAGCAGGGGUUCAAGAAAAACAGGAUACAGCAUUCAGAUUCCUCCACGGUCUUGCUAGAUCGGUAUUGCAACGUGCGUCUCGUGAGGCAAGCUUUACAUGGGAAGAUCACAGUAAAAUCAAGUUUGUGGUCUUCGACAGAUUGAAAUUCGAAGUUGGUUCGAAAUUCGAUAAUUUCAAGGGGGCUAAAAGGGCUCAGAAGAUUGAGAGUCCAUGGAACAAGAAGCAUCAGAUCCUUUUUCGACCUAUACCUAUGGAGCACACAUUGAUAAGGGGAGGUAUUGCUGAUAUGCGAAAAUGGGCAGAUAAGGUUGUCAGAGACCUCGAUUGA